AAAGCACAAACAUUUGUUCCUAUCUGAGUUCUGUUUUGCGACCUCUCUUUUAGUUGGCCCCCCGCUGUGGGGCACUGCCGCGAUGUCUGAGAAAAAAGAUAUUGAUGAGCUGUUGGAGGAAUGCUGCGCUGUCUUCAGGCGCAGGCAAAUUGAGGGAUCUUUGCCAUGCGCAAAGAAAACGCUGGAUGUCCUGCGCCUGAUCGUCACAAACAAGCGGCACAGCACGGCAGCGGCGCUAAUCGACGAGAUACGCACCGUGGGCUAUAAGAUGCAGACCGCGCGGCCCGUAGAGCUGGCCAUUGGCAACAUGGUGCGACGCGUGCUGCACAUUAUCCGUGAGGAGGCCAAGCAGGAGCAGUAUGACGAGGCCAAGCCGGGCUCGUUCACGCAGCCCGCCAAUCAGGAGGGGCCGGAGGCGGCGCGCAACCAGACCGGCCUGCUGUCCAAGGCGCUCAACAGCACCUCGCGCGUCAUGCAGCGCGGCCUGUCGCUGUCCAACCUGCUGGACGUGGGGAUCGACCCCGCGCUGUUCGCGCCGGUGCCCUCCGCACUCACGCCCAUCGCCGAGGUCGGCACGCCGGCGGAGCGGAGCGAGUUGAUGGAGCGGGCGGCGGCGGCGGCGGGGGGUGCGGGCGGUCCGGGGGAGAGGGCAGGGGGGCACGGCGGCGGCGGUGCGGAGCGGGACCCGGAGCUGGAGAGCCAGGGCGGCGCCAGCAGCAAGCCGCAGGGCAAGCAGAACAAGAAGACGCCGCCCAACUGGAAGGGCAAGCACGAGGUGAUCGAGUCCAUCAACGAGCUCAUCGACGAGCUGGACCACAUCCAGGGCAGCAUCACGCUGCAGGGUGUGGAGCACAUCCACGCAAACGAGGUGAUCCUGACCAUGGGCAUGUCCGACACCACCUACCUGUUCCUGAAGGAGGCCUCCAAGAAGCGCGAGUUCCAGGUGGUGGUGGCUGAGGGCGCCCCGCGCUUCGACGGCCACCUGAUGGCUCGCAAGCUGGCGGACGCAGGCAUCACCACCACCCUCAUCGCCGACAGCGCCGUGUACGCAAUGAUGGCGAGAGCCAACAAGGUGCUUGUGGGCGCGCACGCGGUGCUGGCCAACGGCGGCGUGGUGGCGCCGGUGGGUCUGCACAUGGUGGCGCUGGCGGCGCGGCGGCACUCCAUCCCCUUCGUGGUGCUGGUGGGGCUGCACAAGCUCAGCCCGCUCUUCCCCACUGACCCCGAGCUGCUCUACAACGAGUUCAAGGGCCCGGGCGACGUGAUCGACUUCGACGUGGUGGCGGAGGCCUUUGCGCAGCAGCAGCAGCUGGCAGCAGCCGCGGCAGCCACAGCGCCCUCGGACCGGGACGGCGCCGCCGGCGGCGCCGCCGGGUCCUCCAGCUCUGGCCCCUCUGCCGGCAACUCCUCCGACGGCCCCGCGGCCGCCUCCUCCUCCAGCGCUUCUGGCAUCAGCCUCGCGCUCGCGGGCGGCGCAGGCGCCUUCUCCUCCAGCUAUUCCGCGGCGGCGGCGGUCGCCGCCGCCGCCGCUGGCGGCGCCGGCGGCGCCGGCUCCGGCGCGCCCUUCCCCACCGUGGGCGGGCCGCCUCGCUGGGACCCGCUGCCUGGUAACUUGCACGUGCCCACGCCGCUGUUUGACUACGUGCCACCGCACCUGAUCAGCCUAUUCAUCACAGACAUGGGCGGCCGCAUGCCCAGCUACGUGUACCGGCUGCUCACCGAGUACUACGCCCGCGACGACUACUUCCUCAGCCGCGAGGUGUUUGGCAAGGAGCGGUAGUGGGAGGUGGUUGGUGGGGGGUGGGGGGCGACGAGUGUGUGUGUGGGGUGGGGGGUGGUGGGAGGGCAGGGAGGCGAAGUGGGAGGCGGAAGAGGAGCAGGCGAAGGAGGAGGAGGAGGAGGCGACAGGGGAGCUGUCGAUAGUGGCGAUCGUGGUGGGGAAGGGCAUUAAGAAAGCUGGGCGGUGGCAGCGCGCUGGCAGCCUAGCACACCGCCCCAUGCCCCCAUCCCAGCACUUGCAUUCCCGCUUCUGAAGGAAACGGGGUGGGUGCAUUGUAGAUACAUGUGCAUUCAAGCCCCAAUUGUGGGGUCCAUGGCACCUAGUAGACUGCAGGUCAUGUACGUGAGCUGGUGGUGCCGUGGCCAAAUGGUGUGUGUGUCGCAGGGCAGCAGCUUUGGUAUGAGGAGGCGCUUUACCCGUGGUAUGGCGCGAUUCCAAAUUGCUGCACGUUUUUGCAAAGUCUGGAUAAGGAUCAGAAAGUAGCAGAGGUUAGCAAGAGGGUAGGCGCGGGAUCAGCCAGAUUCACUGGAGUCGCUCUGGUGGGCCGGUGGGAGCUGGGGGAGGCUCCGGACACGGCUUCGCACUGCAAUGGUCUUCGCAGGUCUGCACGGUCUAGCUCCCCCGAUCGUCUGCACACAUCGAUGCCUACAACCUAACUCGCUACAAGCUCAAACUGCAAACUCUAGCAACUUUCUUGGACUGUUGGAGCAGCGUGCGACAAUCUGCUGCUUUGUACACUUCAACUGUGCUAAGUUCUGGAUUCCGAGGCUUUCUUGCAGUGCAACUUGUAACCUGGAACAACAAUGGAUUUCAUAGGGCAAAAACACGCCGAGAAUGCGCUCAUGGUGAUUAUCCUUAUUGCCGCGGUUAUCAGCUUCAUCGCGGGCUAUGCCACGAAGGACUUCUUGCUAAUGGUCAAGAUCAACGGCGUCGGGCUGGUGCUGGCGCUGCUAGUCAGCAUCCCGGACUGGCCCUUCUUCAACCGCAACCCCUGGAAGUGGCUACCACCCCUAGAGGUGGACGAGAAGGCUCAGAAGAAGAAGUGAGGCAAUGUCGGACCCUCUGGGCACGCGGGGUAAAGGCCCGCCACGUUUGUUGUGCGGGGCGGGUGAACGCAACGUGUGCCCGAGUAUGCCACGGGCGUGUAGCCUUGGCGUAGCCGGGGUUGGCAGGCUCCAGAUUGGCACCUGCAGCGCCGGCGUUGUACAUUAUGCUGAUGCGGAUAAGUGCAGACAGUGUGAAGUCAAGUCUGCAGGAUGUGACGUUGAAGGCGGGAAGCACGGACUACCCGAGGCAGUACAGCAAAACCAGUGAUACGCUCCGCAGCAGCAGGCUGCAUGCCGCGUCACGUCGCCAUAAUGCUCUAUAGCGCUGUCAUAAGGGAUGCGACUUACAUGUGCACGCUGGAUUUCAUGGCGACUCCGUGAAAGGAGGGCAACGGCUGCGUGCCCCUCUGGACGGUUUGUUGUGUUGAGCCGAGGGUAGUGCCUGCAACAGGUGAAUCAUAUAUGCAAGGCUGUAGAGUACUGGUUCUGGGAAUGUAAAGGCAGCAUGAUGUUGCAGUUUGGGGAGCUCACUCGAGGGGCCAGAGGGUCGAUGGAAGACGCGUCGGGUACGUGUGCGCACUGCAAACUUCUGCGCGCCUUAUCAAUGAAUUCCGUCUUGUGAUAUGUAAUGGCAGCUAUCU